AUGCCCGACAAACCCCUCACCAUUGCGACCUACGCCGCCGGCGCAUCGCUGGCAGCCAUCACUCUCGUCUACGUAUUCGGUCCCACCUUCAUGCUCGACGAUGAAGCCUCACAAUCCUCGCGAUCCACCCGCAAGAGGGGUGUCGUAGGCCUCGUCAAUCCCGCCAACGACUGCUUCAUCAAUUCCGUCCUACAGACCAUGGCCGGUCUCCCCGAACUGCGCAUCUACCUGAUCCGAGAACUUCACCGACGAAAGCUGGACGGGAAAGAGAUAUACUCGAUUGUCGAGCAAUUGGAAGAUGAAAUCUCGCCCAACGAGAGCAAGGACAUUGUCAAGAUGAACGAGACAAAAGAGCCGAGCUGGAAGGUUCUGGGUUUGCAACAGGGUCUUGUCACGGCUGGACUCAAGGACAUUCUGGAUGCGCUUAACGAGCGCCCCAUCUACAAGAAGACCAUCUCGGCCCGUACCUUCGUCGGUGUCAUAGAGACUGCCUUCAGGACACGUAUCAGUCGACAGCAACAAGACGCUCAAGAAUUUCUGCAAAUCGUCGCCGAGAGGCUGAGCGAGGAAUACAAUGCUGGAAGAAAUGCCAGGAGAAAGGCCAAAUCGCUCAAGAGCCCCAGUACCACCACCCUCAAAGCACCCGAGCCUGAAGACGACGCANAAGAGAAUGGACACAAGCAACGACCGGACACGCUUCGACCCGUAGAGUCGGCUCGCGGCCUGCAAGCAAAGUCGGAAAUCGAACAAAUCCGUCAGAGCGUGCACCAACCGCGACAUGCAGAGGAUGAUGACUUGCAAGACGAUCCAGGCUUUCCUCUCGAAGGAAAGAUCGAAGCUCAGAUUGAAUGCAUGACCUGCCACUUCAAGCCCAAACCUUCAGUAUCCAGUUUCGUCACUCUCACCCUCAACGUACCUCAUCAUUCUUCAACCACGCUGAAUGCAUGUUUCGAUGGCAUGCUGAAAGUCGAACACAUCGAUGACUACAAAUGCGACAGAUGCCGUCUGGAACACGCCACUCAAGUCAAGACCAAAGAAUUAUCACGCGCCACGGAUGAUGAAACACGCAAUCUCCUUACUCAUGAGCUCUCCGCUAUUGAGAAGGCGCUCGCUACGGAUCCGGAAGCUCUGCCCAAGAGAAUCAGAUUGCCUGACCCAUCUCUAGCCCCCAAACGUCGUAUCUCACGCCACAUGCGCAUCAGCGGCUUUCCCAAAGUCCUUGCCAUCCACUUGUCGCGAAGUGUCUGGGAUCCUAAUUCCAGCAGCAGCAGANACAUGGCCAAAGUCAGUUUCCCGGAGACACUGCCUUUGGGUGGAUUAUUGGAUCAACAUUCUUACCGUUUACUGGGUGUUGUGACGCAUAAGGGAGGCCAUAACAGCGGUCACUACGAGAGUUUCCGACGACAAUAUCUUGCCGAACCGUAUAGUGCGAAAUUGAGCAUGGGCACACAAGGCAUGUACUCUGCUCAAGGAACACCGAGGNGCAAGCGGCAUGCCCAGUCCAAUGCUCGAGCCCUCCACUCCAUGCCUCACACACUCUCCCUCCAGCAGCGGCAACAGCACAUCCUCCCGCUCUUCAUCAAUAAAAAGCGCUUCUCCCUCCGCCACCGUCAAAGUUCAAAAACCGCGGACCCUGCCAAUGACGCGAAAAGCACACACAGCAGCAGUAGCGGUGCUGGAACUCCCCUGCCGCAAGAAACUCACACUCCCUCGAAACCAACUGCUGAGCCCACAUACCAGCAAACCGCACGCACAUCCUCAAAAGCAGGCAAAAGCCUUGAUCUGAGCAGGUUGAAACGCAAACAGAGAAAUCAACAUAAUAGAUGGUGGAGAAUCAGUGAUGACAAGAUCAAAGAGUCCAAGACUAGCGAUGUGUUGGGCAUGCAGCGGGAAGUCUACCUGCUCUUUUAUGAAAUCAUGGUGCCUGAGGUUUAG